CGCUCGUUCACGCACGCGCGUCUUCGAUUGCGCACGGCCGCGCAGGGAGCGGGGCGCGACUUGGACGGCCGGGUUGACUGGGGCGUUUGGUUGCCAUUCCCCAGCACAGGCUGGAAGUCUUCUGACACAGUACUAUUGACUCCUGUUCCCUUGACAGCUCACACAGAGUAGCGUCACCCUCAGCACGUGAUACACGCCCCUCCCACGUUUCCUUUUUCCAUCAUUGAAGCGCAGUCAGGGGCCGCUAUGGGAGUAGAGUAAAUAAGAGGAAGGGAAAUGCACCAGCCCCGUAGUCCCCCAUAGGAACUAGCGCGCCGACAGCCAGAGCUUGGAGCCUGUCAGAGGAAGGGGUGCGCCUGGCAUUGCAGGCGUUUUCCAGGCGACUGAUCGAGAACGAGCUGCCCCGUGUGCCCGCUGUAAUCGGGAGUGCGCUGUCCCGUGUCUACUCGUAUCGGGAGCGCGCAGCGGAGCCGGCCAGUCUAUUGGAAUUUACCGGGGCUCCAGGAGUUGGAACAUGGCGGCCCCGCUCGCCCAGUUCGAUGAGGACUGGCAGGACUUCUACGAGUUCCGAGCCGCUUCCAGCAGUGACAGCGGCCGCCUGGACAAGGUGAACUCCAACCCGCCCUCCAGUGAGGCUUCUUUCCAGGGCCCCGGAGCGGUGGUGGCGCUGGAGGAUCUGGCGGAGUUUGACAACGGCUUCUCUAUGGAGAUCAUGGGAGGCUUCAAGUCCAUGGAGGAUCUGGUCAGUGAGUUCGACGAGAAGCUGAGCGUGUGUUUCCGCAACUACAGCACCGGCACCAUCGCCCCUGUCAGGCCCAUCACUGAGGAGGGAAUCAUGAAGGACGAUGAGAUCUGGAAUGCCUUGACUGAUAACUAUGGCAAUGUAAUGCCUGUUGACUGGAAAAAGUCUCACGCAAGGGCUCUUCAUCUUCCAACCCUGAACCUUUUGGAUAAAGCAGUGAAUGACAAUUUAAAUCUUGACCUGUCUGAUGAUGAGGAGUUAAGAGAGCAACUAGAUAUGCACUCAAUCAUUGUCUCUUGCAUAAAUGAAGAGCCACUUUUCACAGCUGAGCAGGUGAUUGAAGAAAUUGAGGAAAUGAUGCAGGAAUCUCCUGAUCCUGAAGAUGAUACCCCUUGUCAGUCAGACCGUCUUUCCAUGCUGUCACAGGAGAUCCAAACCCUAAAGAAGUCUUCUACAAAUAGCAGCCAGGAAGAUAAAGUGAAGAGGAUGUCCGUUGCGGAGUUAAACGAUCUGCUUGAAGAAAUUGAGACAGCUAUUAAGGAUUACUCAGAAGAGUUAAUUCAACAGUUGGCUUUAAGGGACGAGCUAGAAUUUGAGAAGGAAGUAAAAAACAGCUUCAUUUCAGUCCUCAUCGAAGUACAGAACAGACAGAAAGAGCACAAGGAAAAUGUGAAAAAGAAGAAAAAGCUGAAAAGUGCAAAUGCGCAGAAUGGCUCAAAAGAGAGGAGUCACGUGCCAGGAACGCGCUUCAGCAUGGAAGGCUUAUCAAACGUCAUACAGAGUAGCUUUCGCCAGACAUUUGGGAACCCAGGAGGAGAAAAACAGUAUUUGACCACCAUCAUUCCAUAUGAAGAGAAAAAAGGUCCGCCUUCUGUCGAAGAUCUCCAGAUAUUAACUAAAAUUCUCCGUGCAAUGAAAGAUGACAGUGAUAAAGUGCCAUCGUUGUUGACGGAUUACAUUUUAAAGGUUCUGUGUCCUACAUAAGGAGUUGUCGGCUGCAGUGGAUGGCAAGCAGACUGAAUCGAGGAUGUGACAUUUCCUGCGUAUGACACAAAGCACUUUCCGUACAUCUGUUUCCCGUUUAUCUCUGCCCGCAGGCAUCAUUGCUGGGUUUCUAACCAUCCUGUUCCUGUUAGCAGCGGGGUUGUUUAGUAGCAUCACCCAGACGUCUCCUCGGGCUGCAAUAACCAAGUAAUACGCAACUUGAGUUUUCGGCAAACUCCUUCCUGUGACAUUAAUACAUAGAGAACAAAUGUACAGUUUUAACCGGUAUUUAUGUGCCGAAAUCUAUUUUUACAUGAAAUGCAACUCGUAGGACACUAAUCAUUCUCUUGAGUGUUUCGAGGAUGGAGAAAGCAAGUGGUCCCACCAAACAGGCGGCUGUCAGCUUAUGCACUACUUAAUUUGCAUCAUUUUGUAUAAAGGGAACAUUUGCAAAUUGCACUGACAUUAUGGGUUUGUUUUUUUUAAAUGUCAAAAAAUUCUAUAAACGCUACAGUGAGUGAAUGCUAGCCUGAGCUCACAGUUGUACAGCCAUAUAGUGUAAAGCAGUGAUCCCCAACCAGUAGCUCAUGAGCAACAUGUUCCCCAACCCCAUUGGAUGUUGCUCCCAGUGGCCUCAAAGCAGGUGCUUAUUUUUCAAUUCCAGGCCUGGAGGCAAGUUUUAGUUGCAUAAAAGCAGAUGUACUGCCAAACAGAGCCUCCUGUAGGCUGCCAGUCCAUAUAUAGGCUACCAAUAGCCAAUCACAUCCCUUAUUUGGUACAUCAGGAACUUGUUUGAUGCUUGUGUUGCUCCCCAACUCUUUUUACAUCUGAAUGUUGCUCAUGGGUGAAAAAGGUUGGGGACCCCUGGUGUAAGGCAUGUUUCCAUUCUCUAUAUCAAACGUUGCUCUUGUCUCCAUCCCUAAAGCUUUUCAUGUAGAAAAAUAUUUUCUUGGGUAUAUGAAACAUGGUUUGUAUGAGCGACAUAGCCGUAGAAAUGGGAACAUAACAUCCAGUUAUGCUGCUAAAAUCAGCCCCCCAGAAGCCAUAUAUCUUCCCACAUUCAGCUCUUAUCGUGUGUUAAACAUAUACAUUAAAAGCCCAACGUCUAUUUUAAAUGUGUUAAAUAAGUAAAGUACAAGGGCUGCCCCUAUACAAAUCUCUACUAACAUUGUUAUUCUGGUGCAGUCAAGCAAAUACUGGCCUUCUCUUAUUGUCACCUCAUCAUUUCAGUGUGCACAUUUAACAUGUUUUUUAAGUGUUUACUUUUACAUAACAGUGUUAUUUUUUUUUUUUUAAAUAAAACCAAGCAAAUAAAAUGAAUUGCAGUGAUGUCAUUUCACUUUCGUUUGAACGAAUACAAAUAUGAAUCGAGUCAUUUUAUGGAACUGAAGUGCUAGAUGAGUGUAGAGUUAGUAGCCUUUGCCCUGACCCAUGAAAAGGGAAUCUUUGUCUUGCCCUCCUUGUAACUGAGGAAAUAAAUCUGUACAAAGUGUAUUUUAGUAUAUUAUUAAACUUUGCUUUAUGGAGA